AUGGAGGGUGAGCUGUUAGAUAUAUUACAGAAGUUUUCCCUUGAAGGGAAUGAGCUGGUAGGACUCACGCAGGAGGGGGAAGACUUUCAAACUGGCGUGAGAGCUUGUGAAAACAGUAUCAUUGGGAGAGUUUUAGGAGAAAAAGUUAUCAAUUUCACUGGUAUUAAAAACUUUGUGGCUGUGGCCUGGGGGUAUCCCAAGAAUUUGUCAGUGGUGGAACUGGGACCAAAUGUGUUUCAGUUUAACAUACAAAACUCAGAAGAUAAAGAUAGAACAGUGGAGGGAGGGCCUUGGGUAAUAGAAAACCAGAUGCUUGUUCUCAAAAGAUGGGUUGAAGGCAUAGAAGAUUACUAUAAAGCCUUUGUGACAGCAUCUCUUUGGGUACAGCUCUGGAAUCUUCCAGUUCAUUGGCUAUCUAGGGAGAUUGGAAGAAAGAUAGGGGAAGUGUUUAAGGAAGUUAGAGAUGUCGUAAUCCUUCAGAUGGGAGGCAAAGAGGGUAGGCAUCUGAAGGUCUUAGUCAUGGUAGAUCUAUCUAAACCUCUUCUAAGAGGUACUGUGGUCAGAAUAGCAGGAACUGGCAAAUGGAUAGCUUUCAAAUAUGAAAGGUGUCCAGAUUUCUGUUAUAAUUGCGAAAUUGUGGGACAUAGUGAAAGGUCUUGCAAAGAAAGGAGAUUGCUAGGAGGGAGUACUGAUGAGAAUCAGUACGGUCCCUGGAUGAGAGCGGGAAAUAUUAGGGUCUCCCCUCAGAAUAAAAAUGUUAGAGUCUCUGAGCAUAGUGAUAGACGUUACUGGUCCUUUAGGAAUGGGGAGUUGAUCGAACAGGAGAAAAAUAAAAUGCAUGGCAGUCAGAGUCUGUUGGAUGUUCUCAAGGCCACUGGCAGUGGGGGAUGUAGUAACUAG